CACUACAAAACCCUUUACAUCACACCAGCUACAUAACAGACCACCGCUUUACACAGAUCAACGCCUGAAUUAAGAGAGUAGAAUUUCCUUUUUAAAGAGAAGGAAAACCCUUGACAAAGAACUUUACUUUUCAAAUUUCCAAUCAAGACAAGAGGACACAUCAUAAGGAUGGGAUCUGCUGGGGUACAGAUUGUAUGUGUGGCCCUUGGGAUCCUGGGCCUGAUCGGGGGCAUUGUGUGCUGUGCCAUCCCUAGGUGGAAAGUGUCAUCAUUUACAGGACAGAACAUCGUAACGGCACAGGAAACUGAAGAGGGCCUGUGGAUGACCUGUGUGGUGCAGAGUACUGGCCAGCAGCAGUGUAAGAGCUAUGAGUCCCUGCUGGUCCUGCCAUCUAACCUGCAGGCGGCCCGCGCCAUGACCAUCAUCAGCUGCAUGGUCACCUCCCUGGCCAUCCUCAUCUUGUUCGCCGGCGCCGACUUCACCACCUGCGUGGAGAAUGAGGACAUCAAGCCCAAGAUCAGCCUUGUGGCUGGGAUCGCUCUGUUGGUGUCUGGCCUCCUCCUCAUCAUCCCUGUCAGCUGGUCCGCCCACAACGUCAUCAGCAACUUCUACAACCCCCUUGUGGCCCAGAAGAUGGAGCUGGGAACCUGUAUCUUUAUUGGCUGGGCUGCUGGGGUGCUUCUGAUUCUGGCCGGAGGCCUGCUCAUGUGCUUCAGCAGAGCCAAAUCUGGCAGCUCGGGAGGAACCGCCAAGUACUACGGCAACAGCGCUUCAGCCCCCGCCGCCAACAAGAACUACGUCUAGUGCAUGUAUUACACCUCUGUAUGUUUGUAUGUGUGUAGAGAGAUAGUUUGAUGUAUUACACCUCUGUAUGUUUGUAUGUGUGUAGAGAGAUAGUUUGAUGUACUACACCUCUGUAUGUUUGUAUGUGUGUAGAGAGAUAGUUUGAUGUAUUACACCUCUGUAUGUUUGUAUGUGUGUAGAGAGAUAGUUUGAUGUACUACACCUCUGUAUGUUUGUAUGUGUGUAGAGAGAUAGUUUGAUGGAAAGGAAAUGGGUCAGACAGAAUGGAAACAAGAAAGGGGAGGGGUUUAAUCUUGAGGAUAAAGAAGGGACAUUAUGAGUGGAAAUAAUGGUUGUAAAUAUUGACUAUUUCAAAAUGGUAAGACUGGUGUAGUUGUAGUUAAUCCAAGGGUCCAAUAUGGUGGUUCAAUUUAAAAUACAAAUAUAUGUUUCUUUUUUGGGGGGGACUAACUCAAUAUACUAUAAUAUACUACAAAUCGAAACUGUGUAGGGAUGAUGAUGUACCUACAUUCAUACAGUUUCUUAACUGUGUCCAACUCACUAAAAAUCACCUACAUGAAGGUUAGACAGUCAAGGAGCACCGGAAAUUCCAAAAACGAUGGAUAGAGGAAAUUAUUUUACAAAUUGUGACUGCGAGGAAAUAUAACCAAUUUUCAGUGUGGAUCUCCGGACCUCGUUGAAGACCAAAUGCAGCCCCCGGGGCAGAAGGAGUUUGACACCUUUGUUGUAAUGUGUUAUCUCGUUGAGGUUUUUAAUAAUGGGUGACAUGCUUCUGUAAUGCCAUGAAUGAACAACAGAGAGCAAGGUGAGGGACUCAGUGGUCAUGCAUCUCCAAAUACAGGUAUAGUUAAAUGACUGUAUAUAUCAUUUACAUCCAUGAGAUCAAAACUAUUUUUCUUUUGUAAAUCAGCUUGUCUUUUACUUUUGUGUAUCAAAUAAUAAAUACAUGUUUUUAUUUUA